CUCCUGGCAUCCAACUAGAGUGUGCCAUGCCCACGGUUUUCAACAGACACCUAACGAUCUGCUAAUAAAUGGAACUGCUAGUUGCUAGCGAGGCCAUCAAUACGCAUUUUGUUUUCUGUUUAUUUAACUAGCGGCUGUGUUUUCAUGGGAAAUGUAUUAGCAAGCUAACGUCAGAUAGCGCGAUAACUGCGCCAAAAAUGAUGCGAGAUUCAAUCGAAUGUUGCACUGCUAGCUAGUCAGCCAAAUCUGACUGGGGAAUGGUCAUUGCUCAGUUUGCCAGCAUCACAUCUCUGACACAUCACGAAGCCGUUCAGCUAUCGAGACAUAACGCUGGAAACUAGCUAGCGUUUUGUUGGAUAGAAAAAGGAGGACGAGCAUUUGCUGGGAAGUGGUGACUGUGCCAGUGCAAGACUGGCCAUAUGGAUGCGUUGCAUUUGUGUGCAUUUUAUUGACAAUUGUGGCUUGGCUCUAGCUAGGGGGCGGACGGCGCUGAGAAGGCGGACAGUUGGCUACGUUAGCUAACUAGCUUGUUGGAUGUCGCGACAGUGCAGUUAGCCCCGUUCGUUGUGUCAGGCCAAGGACCAGGGGACGCACGAACCCAAGUCAGUGAACAGGGGGUAUCGCAAUCGAGGCGGGUAAUAGGGAUAGUUAGCUAGCUAGCUAGUUGUCCAACUAGCUAGCUAACGUGAGAAAUCUAAACAAGGCUUGAAGCGCGCUUCAACGGAGAGAGGCCCUCAACACACCCCCUCGCACCGACACUGCCCCCUCUUCGCCGAUCCUCCCGUGAUUUGCUGAGAUCUGUACACGGGUGAAGUCGGACAGUUCUCGGUUGGGGACAACUUGACAGCGAGGCCCCUAGCUCCCCUCCCCCCAUUCCCAUCCAAGACCCCACAGUCCACCUCCCUCGCCAGACAUUAGAAGCGAGGAUCGGAAUAUUAGAUACCUAGCUAAAGUUAACCCAACCAGCUAGUCCAUUCUAACCCGCGGGCUGCCAAAACCAGGAGGGAUGACUUUGGAGUCGAUGAUGGCUUGCUGCCUGAGCGAAGAGGCGAAGGAAUCGAAACGAAUCAAUGCGGAGAUAGACAAACAACUCCGGCGAGACAAGCGGGACUCGAGGAGAGAACUGAAAUUACUCCUUCUCGGUACAGGAGAGAGUGGGAAGAGUACAUUCAUCAAGCAGAUGAGGAUCAUCCACGGGGCGGGCUACACAGAGGAGGACAAGAGGGGUUUCAUCAGGCUGGUGUACCAGAACAUCUUCACCUCCAUGCAGUCUAUGAUCAAAGCCACAGAGAACCUCAAGAUCCCCUUCAAAUAUGAACAGAACCGGUCUAAUGCCAUGCUAGUGAAGGAGGUGGACAUAGAGAAGAUCUGUGGUUUCGACCAGCCCUACAUCAGCGCCAUCAAGACCCUGUGGGCCGAUCCUGGGAUACAGGAGGCCUACGACAGACGCAGGGAAUACCAGCUAUCAGACUCCACUAAAUACUAUCUAACUGAUCUGGACCGUAUCUCAGACAACAACUAUCUGCCCACACAGCAAGAUGUUCUGAGGGUGCGAAUCCCCACCACCGGCAUCAUAGAGUACCCCUUCGACUUGUCAAGCAUCAUUUUCAGGAUGGUGGAUGUAGGGGGUCAAAGGUCAGAGAGGAGGAAGUGGAUCCACUGUUUUGAGAACGUCACUUCCAUCAUGUUCCUGGUAGCCCUCAGCGAGUACGACCAAGUCCUGGUGGAGUCUGACAACGAGAACCGUAUGGAGGAGAGUAAGGCGUUGUUCAGGACCAUCAUCACCUACCCCUGGUUCCAGAACUCCUCAGUCAUCCUGUUCCUCAACAAGAAGGAUCUGCUGGAGGAGAAGAUCUCAUACUCCCACCUAGUCGACUACUUCCCUGAGUUUGAUGGUCCCCAGCGAGAUGCCCAGGCGGGCCGGGAGUUUAUCCUGAAGAUGUUUGUGGACCUGAACCCGGAUAGCGACAAGAUCAUCUACUCCCACUUCACCUGCGCUACGGACACCGAGAACAUCCGCUUCGUCUUCGCUGCCGUCAAAGACACCAUCCUGCAGCUCAACCUCAAAGAAUACAACCUGGUCUGAGAGACUCUUGCACACAAACACACACUCUUCCCAGUUGCACAGCUUAGCCUACACACACACACUUAUGAAGCUUACACACACCUACAAAUCUAGUUGAUCUUUCCCCCUCCUGCUUUUCACUCCAGCGAUUUAAGACCCCCUCUUCCUAUAUCUCUCCUCCCAUUCGCUCUUUCAUUCCUUCCCUAUUUUCUAUCCUUUUGCCAUAAGCCUGUCCUCUCCCUCGUUCUCAGCAGCUUGUCAGUCUCCUCUUCUUCACACACAUGCCAUGACUACGGGAGGGGACAAUUGUGUGUGUGUGUGUGUGUGUGUGUGUGUGUGUGUGUGUGUGUGUGUGUGUGUGUGUGUGUGUGUGUGAAGGUGAGGAAGAGGACCAGUGCGGUCAGUGAACUGUGGGUCUUUUAACCCUUAAACCCUCAGUCAACUGGCCUGAGAUCACAUCCUCUGAUUGGUGGAAGGAGUGACCAUACCGCACUCUAUAAGGGAGGGGCUAUAGACUGGGAGGGGGGUGGAGACGAUGAGGUAACCGAAGGAAGCCACCAGGACACGAGCAGGAAGUGAUGUCACACAGAAGUGAGGGGGCAGACCAAGGAUUCUGUUUCCACCUCGCAUCGAUGAAUGUAUACUCUAAGUGAGCAUCGCAAACGCAAAAAAAUAUAAUUAAGUAUGUUAUAAAGUAAUUACGUAUGUAGACAAAUUACACUAAGACUGAAAGCACCAGAGGGAGAGGAAAAAGCAAAUCGAUUAAAUCUGUGUAUCGCUGAGCUUUUUUACAAAUAGUUUUUAAUAAUAGUAACUUGUUGCUAUGUCAACUUCUAUCCGACGACUAAGAAGUCGUUUGAAAAGUUAUAGAAGCGGUUAACAAAACAAGAUCUUCUAUUUAAAAAAAUUGCAAAAUAGCCAAAAUAUCACAAAAACAAGAUGGUAAUCAGAAACGGACUAAUUUUAUCCUUUACAGACGGUUGUGGUUGUUCAUGUUUAGGUUUGAUCACAUCGCUUCCCUCCUUCACUGGUUUACUGACUGAUAGAUGGAAACCUUCCGUUUGACAUCCGCAGUACCACGUUCUGUUUGAUACACGCCACAUUAAGAUUACCGAACAUCCCAUACUUGCUACUAUGUUCUGAUUGGACAGUCACUGAGGGGGAGGGAGUCAUGUAUGGAUAUGAUGUCAUCACUGUACGGUACAUCAGUCUGUGAAAGAAUUACAUCACGUGUUAAGUCGCCCAGCGACCCAAUUAGAUGUGCUCUGGAGAUUCUGGGCAGUCCAUCCCCACCAAUGACACGGUGGCAUCCAUUUUCCAAGACACACAGGAAGCUUUAUGUUGUUUACCUUUUUUUUUUUUUUUUUACUGUAUAGACACUUUUGUUUGUUGAUGAGAGGUGGUUGUUGAUUGGUUGGAGCAGGAGACUGUCUCCCGGAAUGGACAGGCAAGCAUACUCUGAAGUCAAAAAGUUAUUGUUUGUGUAUAUUUCUGUUUGUAAAUACAUGUACACAGAAACGCUCCUGUACAAAAACACUCUGUGGUACAGUACACCAUCUUUGACAACAAAAAAAAAUAGAAGAAAAUCCCAUUUUUUCCUUUUCAAUAGUGUACUGUUUUUGUUUUCCUAUGAAUUUACUAGUAUUUAUACUGUGAUUCUGGAUUUUUUUUAAUGAUUGAUAAUCAGUUGAUUAUAAGAGGACUACACACACAGAGGACUGCAGUGAGAGGAAAGGAACGGUCUCAGAACGGAGGUUCUAAACCAUCAGGAGCCUUCUAUUCUAGAACCUUCAGAACAUUCUAGAUCCUCGGCUCUCCUCUGCAGCUUCUCCCUACUAACACUAGAGCAGAUUAGUUAUUCACAAUAUGUUGACAAAAUACAUGAUAUUAAAAGAGUAACUAAAUAAAGUUUUAAUUUUUUUUUUUUAAUUUAUCUAAUAAUUUAUGGAACCAGGUUUGAAGGUGUUGAUAAUUUGACUGCUUUUGUUUCUAUCAUGUUGAAAUGCGGUCAGGGCUAGACUUGAGUCUAAUCUGCUGUAACAAAACAAACGUCUACUAAAGUAUGUACUAAAUCUCUGCUUUCUUUUUUCUCUUAAGACAAUUCCAGAUGUACUUUGCCAUUCUAUCUAUAUCCAUGUUAAAUUCAAUGGUUUUCUUCUCCCAUUAAGUCACUUUGUUUUGUUUCAUUGAUGAAAACUUGUAUUUCUCCUCUUGGGUUUCUAAUAGGCACAGCUCUGUAACUGCAUACAUAGGAAAUGUACCAUAUGAACGUAGGUGAAUUUUUAUAACCAGUGAUUGGAGACCAGUACGGUCUAUGCUUGCUCUGUCGUUGUAAUUUAAACACAGUUUGCGUUGUCGUUGGUUUGAGUUGUUUUAGUUCAAGUUCCGAGGCUUGCUUUGAUAGAACCAGUGACGUUGCAUAUCUACUUUUGAAACUCUUUCUACAGGCAACUUUUUCUUCAUUAUUCUCAUUAAGGGCUAUCGCCAUGCAUCAGACAGUCAGGCAGAUGGGGGAGAGAGAACUAGUAAAGGACAGGGCUCAAUUCGGUUUUCAAUUCAUGAGGUGACUGGAAAUUCAAUGAGUGAAUUCAAAAAAUCUUAGAAAGCGAUGGGCAGUAGAGGACAAAGGUACACGGUUGCGUUCUGUCCUCAAGGGCUGCAGUCUUGCUGUUUUUUUUCUGUUGCCUUCUAACCAAAAACGGAUUUCUAUCUGUGAAAUCAGGUGUUUGCAAUCUCCAGCCGAUUGGUAACAUUCAUUGAUCAAGUAAAUGCCGGGAAGAAAUGAAAGCCAGCAGGAAUGCAGACUUCGAAGCACUGGGUUGUUUACCCCUGGUUUUAGGUUCACAGUCAACUAAGCCAUUCACUCGAGUGUUUGUGGGGAUAAUUUUGUUCAACAAAGACCGUGUGUGAAUGCAGCUGUGGUCGGAUACAUGACCAACACUACCAUUCAUUUUUUACUUUCUCUUUCUCUGGAUCAACAGUGGAUCGCACAAGCUUCCAGCUCCGAAUGAGGGAAUCUGUCAAGCCCCAAGUUCCCUACUUCACUGUUUGAUGCGUGAUCGUGGAUCAGCUUACCCUCCCUCAAUGCUAACCUUAAAGGCCCAGUGCAGUCAAAUGUGAAUUUCCUGUGUUUUGUAUAGAUUUCCACACUAAGGUUGGAAUAAUACUGUGAAAAUGGUGAUAAUGCUAUUUUAGUGUAAGAGCUUUUUGAAAAGACCACCUGAAAUUUCUGCCUGUUUUGGUUUGUCUGUUUGAUAUCACCAUGCGGUAAAUUAGUUAAUAAACCACAUUUUUUUUAACGUUUCAAACCUCUACCAAUAACAGCUAGUUUUCAGUUUUCCCCUCAUCAUUCAGACCACCACUUCCAGACAGUCCUAGCAAAAUUCAUGCUUGAGAAAUUACUCUUGCUAAGAAGCUGUUUUUUUGUUGUUGACCAUUUUGAGUAAAAACAAUCACAUUAGGGUACUUAAUUGUUACCCAGAAAUUACUUGAUUUUGAGGUAAAAACGUCUGCAUUGGGCCUUUUAUCCAUUUAAGGGGGGGGACGCAAAACUGACCUUAGAUCAGUGUUAAGGGGAACUUUUCUUCUACUGUCCUACUGCUAGUUUUACCAUCCGGGGGUGUGCUUUGUGCCUGUUGAGGAGAUUUUGCACAUUGUCAUUAGACACUCCUGCAGUAGAGGCGGGGUGUUAAACCAGGUGUUAAAAUUAUAUUCCAAGUUAAAGCAUAGCUGCGCAACACACAGCUCUAGCACACCUGUGCAGACUUUUGUUCCAUACCAGCAAUAACACCCCAGUCAACUGAUUGAGAACUAAUCAUGGUCUUGAAUUAGACCACAACUAGUUGAACCAAGUGUGUUAGUGUUGUACUGGAACUAAAGCCUGCACACUGCAGCCAGUAUUCGAGGAUAUUAUCCAAGUAUGACAUUCAGUAUUUCAUUCGGUGUUGACCUGCCCACAAACAAUGUGUUGAAUACAACUCGCAUACCAAACAGACAAGCACUUAGGCUCCUGUACUGCCUCCACAAUGAAGGGUGAAAACAGCCCAAACUACAAUCAUCUGACUUGGUGAUUAAUCAGUCAUAUUUAUAGGAAACACUACUAAUCUCUUGUUUUCCACUUCCUGUGGGUUAAUUGGUUGGCUCUCCUGAAGUGUCUGCACAUUAGGGCCCAGAGUUGUUCCUAGGCUGUAACUAGGACCCAGAGUUUUACCUGGUCAGAUUAACAUGGACAUGGUGCAUAUUGAGAACUUAGCUUGACUUCUUUCCUUUAAAUCUUUUUUGUAAGAUAAAAAAAUAUUACCGGAACACUAUUGUAUUUAGGACCACUUGAUUUAUUUUUUAAUCUAAGGAAACCUGAGGGUUAAAUGUUUUAGUUGGUGUAUAAAAUAUACAAUGCUGUUUUUGUUUUUGUUUAUUUUGUAUGUAAACCAAAUGUAAAUGAUGUAUUAUACUGUGUGCCAACCCAACUCUCUCUAGAGCCAGGCUCUCUCUCUCUUAAGUGCCAACGCUGACAUCAUCAUCAGGGGACAGCCAUCUUGGAUGGUCCCAUUUUUAAGAACACCAGAGACCUAAACACCUGGCAUGUUUGACUACGCCACCCCUAACAAAAACUAUAAGUACACUUUUUUUUUUUUUUUAUUGUGUAAUUAUACAAUUGCAUGUAUUUAGUGUUGGGAGGAGGUGAGGGCUCAGAAAAAUGUAUUGGCUGAUGCAGAGACCUUGAUGAAAGGGUGGAAUCGGUUAUUGAUUGAUCGGUUGGUUAUUAUGGAUUAUUGAUUUGCAUUACUCUCGCCAUAUUUCUUUUCUUUUUUUAUGUGUGUUUUCAUGCAUUUGUUUCAACCACUGUUGCCUGAUCCUCAUUCAAACAUGAACAUGAUUUAUUACGAUCAUCGUCGCCUUCUAAGAGAGAACAUAAUGACAAGGUAUCUGUUUUAAAUUGAAAUAAAUUUGUUCGUAUACUUGC